CCCAAACUCGGGAAGCUAUAGAUUUGCCGGUUGGACCAAUCUGGUUUUAGAGCAUUCCAGUUCGUAAUCUGUGCCGACCUAACAGACGGCGAAGUUCCACCGGAAAGUCUGAUUCUGCCAAUCUUCAUAACAGAGACGCCAAUUCUCGCAGCUGAAAGAAACCCAGAAAUCACUUGUCCGUGGCGGAGAAGUGGAAGAGGGAGAAGCGGAGAAGUGGAAGAGAGAGAAGCGGAGAAGGAAUUGAAGAUGAAAAUAACAUGGAACAAGAAAAGCGGCAACAAGCGUCCUCACCCAACCAUAUCUCACUAUCCAAAUCUGCCUUUCGAUCCAGAAGAGGGUCAGACAAACGUAAGGAACGAAGCAGAUAAUGGCCCUCAGAAUCAUCGCACUGACCGAGAAAACCUAGCUUCUGAGCCCAUCAACACUGAAUUAAAGCUCGCUGAAUCCUUUCAGUCCGAAGGAAAUAAACUAGCUGAGGAGGGCAGAUUCCAUGAAGCACUUGGGAAGUGGGAGGCUGCCCUUACUCUGAUGCCUGGAAGAGCAGUUUUACAUGAACAAAAAGCUCAAGUUUUGCUCGAGGUUGGAGAUGCUUGGAGUGCUUUAAAGGCAGCGACACGGGCCACUGAAUUGGAACCCUCAUGGGCCGAGGCCUGGAUAACACUGGGUAGAGCACAGUUAAAUUUUGGAGAACCUGACACUGCUAUCGAAAGCUUCGACAGGGCUUUAGCAAUUAAGCCUGAUUCUGAAGAGGCAAAAGAUGACAGGAAGACAGCCUCACACCUUGUGAAGAGGCGAAAGCAGCUUCAUUUGUCUGGGUUGAGUUCAAAUUCUAAUCGUUACACCAUUGAAAACAAUGAUGAGAAAUCAUGAAAGUUGUAUGGAAGAAAGUAGAGUAUCUGAAGUAGUCUUCUGGACUUCUAUUGACAUCCCACCCAUGUAAGACCAUCAAAUACUUUUUUAGUGUUGUAUUCCUGAGAUUGGAGGACACGAAGGAAGAAUGUUGUAUAGGCCUGAUCAGGAAGAACCCAGGGUAAGAGGAGAGGAGCUGUACAUAAAAGAUAGAUGAAAAUGAAUUUUUACAAUCCAUAAGGUUUAAUGAGACAAAAGAAUACUAGAGACUUUGGACCUUUUGAAAGGCCAGGUAUGAAAAGACCUACUUGAAUA